UUUCCUAAUUCACUGACCACAAAAUGUGAUGUGUCAUUACAGCCUACUCACACAAAGUGGGGGUUAAUGGAUGCAGACCGAGGCACUGUACAUUAGUGUUUUAGAGAUCGGACAUGGCUGAGAUUUCUGAUUAUAUGAACUACAGUGAGAAAGGAGAAGGGCAUGUAGAGAUGGUAGUGGAAAUCUAUGACAGCAUGGAUGCCGAUAAAGAUUACAAACUUACCGUAGAGACAGAUGCCAUGGAUGUAAAGAACAUACAGACUCAACCCACAGGAGAAACUGCAUGGAGCAGACAUUACAGACUGAGUGCAGUGUGUUUGCUGCUGCUGUGUGUUUUCCUGCUGACUGCUGUCACAGUGCUGUGGGUCAAAUACAACACCCUGACAAAAGAGAGCCCCCAGUUACAAUUAGAGAGAAAUCAGUACCAACGAGAGCUCUCUGAACUUCACAUUGUCCUUUUAAACCUGGGAUGGAGAUAUUUCAACAGGAGAUUUUACUACAUUUCUACUGUAAAGAAGAACUUGGAGGUAACCCCACAGGACUGUAUAAAGAGAGGAGCAGAUCUGGUGAUCAUAAACAGUGCAGAGGAACAGGAGUUAAUCAGUAAAUAUUUCAGCGGUACUGAAGCUUGGAUUGGUCUGAAUGACACAGACACAGAGGGGACAUUUAAAUGGGUGGACGGUUCACCACUGACCACUGAGUUCUGGUGGAACGGAGAACCAAAUGAUUAUGGACAAAAUGAAGACUGUGUUAUAACAGGCUUCACAAAGGCUAUGUCUAACAUCUCGACCUGGGCUGAUUAUCCCUGUGACAACCCUGUAGUUGGAAUUUGUGAGAUGAAAAUAUUUAACUGA